AUGCACGGCUCGAGCUCGCUCCCCGAACCGCCGCCUCUCGCCGGCCCCUCGACCCACCACCCAGCGCUCAGUCGCGCUGCUGCUCCUCCGUCGGCCAAAAGGUCCCGCAGCGCCACGGCAGACGUCGACGCCACCGAUCCAGAUGCUUCCCCGGCACCGGUCAAGGUCAAGCGCAAGCGCAACCGCGCCGCCCUGUCGUGCAGCGCGUGCAAGAAGCGCAAGAUCAAGUGCGACCGCAAGCUCCCGUGCGAGGCCUGCAUCAAGCGCGGCGAGCAGGGCACGUGCCGCUGGGAGCAGCCCAAGGUCGAACCGCCUCCUCAACCGUUCGCCCUCGCCGUCGAGCACGAGCAGCUCAAGCAGCGCGUCGCCAUCCUCGAGGCCGUCCUGCAGCGCCUCGCACCCGACGUCUACCACGAGAUCGCCCUCGACAUGCCCGUCCUGCCCGUUCCGCCCCGACCAGUACCCGCUCCAGUACCGGCCAAAGUCGAGUCGGCCAUGGAGGAGGAGGACGAGGACGAGGACGACGACGAGCGAGAGUCGGACGGCGAGAACGUCGAGGACGCCGCGCUCGUACUCGAAGAACUCGCGAUGAUGCAGCACACGGCGACCCGCAUGUCGUCCCGCAGCCGGACCAAGACGACGCGCCAGUCGUCGACGCCGCGCGUCUCGCAAGAACGCCCCGUCCUACCUGUACCUCCACCUCUUCCCUCGAACCUGCCGCUGCCACCGACGCACCAACCGCCCGCACCCACGGCGGCCUUCCUUCCCGUCCCGCUCGAACCUCCUCGUCCCUCUCUCGAGGAGGCCCACUACGACCUGCCCUCGCGCGCCAUGGCGUCGCUCCUCGUCCCAUCGAUCGACCCUCGUCGGCAACGCGUCCUCCUCGACAUCUUCGCCAACCUGCCGCAGCGCAAGUCCGAGAUCGACUGGAUGCUGCGCAACUAUUUUGACCGCGUCGACUGGGCCUGGCACUUGCACCACAAGCCGACGUUCGAGGCCGAGUACGACGCGUUCUGCAUCCUGCGCGCCGAGGGUCGCCUCGCCGAGAUCGACCCGCUGUGGGUCGCCUGCCUCGCCAUGACCCUGUCGUUGUCGGUCAACUCGCUGUCGGCGCCCGUCUCGACGCCGCUCAUGUCGAUCUCGGCGGCCGACCUCGAGUCGCUACCGUGGCGGUACUUCGAGUGCGCGCAGAGCGCCCUCGAGUGCGGCGACUGGACCGGCAAGCCCCGGUUCCGCACCCUGCAGGCCAUCGUCCUCUUUGCGCCGUUCUUCCUCUUUGCCGGCAACCGCGCGUCGGCCGAGCGCCACCAGACGUACAUCGGCGCCGCGCUCCGCAUGGCCCAGUCGAUGGGCCUGCACGCGCUCGGCGACGACCCGCACAAGAUGCCCGUCCUCGCCGACGACGACGAGCUGUACUCGGGCCUGCCGCCAGGCGUCAACUCGCUCAAGCGCGAGAUGGCGCUCCGCAUGCUCGCAACGCUCCUCUUCCUCGACUACACGUCGCUCCGCAUCAAGACGAGCCUGCCGCCGCAUCUCGUGACGUCCGCCCUUCCCGGCAACUACAACGACGCCGACCUGUCGCCGACAAGCGUCGUCGCACCUCGCCCUGUCCACCAGGCCACCGACGUCUCGCUCGACCUCGUCAAGUUUCGCCUCGCGCUCGAGCAGCGCAAGUUCAAGGUCAUGAUGGAGGGCAAGGAGACGUUCAGCUACGAGGCGGUCGCCGCCAUCGACGCCAACUACCGCGCCAUCCUCGACUCGCUCCCGACCGAGCUCGCCGAGGGCUACAUCCCGCCGCUCGGCGAGCCCCUGACGAGCCUGUGGCGGCGCAACAUGGCCGUCCAGAGUGUCCAGUCGCGCAUCCUGCGGCUGCACCGGCCGUGGCUGGGCAGGGGGUGGACGAGCGCGCGCUACGCCGAGAGCACGGCAAAGGCGCUCGCGAGCGCGAGGAGCAUCCUGCAGUGCCAGGUGUCGCUCAACUCGGCCCCGAUGCUCAAGCAGGGCUUCCAGCUCUUGACGGUCCAGAUGGCCGUCGUCGCCCUCUUUACGUCGCUCUUCCACUCGAUCGCGCACCCCUCGCCGUCCGCCUCGCCCUCCUCUUCCGCCUCUCCCUCGCUCGUCACGCCUCGUCCGACCCAGCAGGACGACGACGACCUCGCCCUCAUCACGUCGACGCUCCCCUACCUCACAAAACACACCUCGUCGCGCAUCGCCGCCGUCCGCACCGUCGCGUCGUCCUCGCUCGCCGCGUUCCGCCUCUUGCUGCGCGCGUACGAGCGCCGCAAGGACGGUACGGCGAGCGCCCACGAGCGCGCGAUGGCCUUCGACGACUUAAUCGGGCAGGUCGGGCGCACGCUCGAGAGGGCCGAGCGGGCCGGGGUCGACCCGCUCGUGGCGGCCGAGGCGGAGCUCGACGGGCACGAGGGAGGGUUCGUCGAUCCGGCGGCAGUGCUCGGUGGGGGAGCUGGCGGGGGAGACGGUGUCGGAAGCUUGUUCGGCCGAGGAGGAGGAGGAGCCGGCGACGAGGAGUCGCUCGCGUGGGAGGGCGAGUAUAGCCUUUCGCAGGACCAGCCCGACCUCGACGACAAGUUCGACCUCGCCGUCCUCGAGGGCCCCGAGUACGCCGACCCGACCUUUUCGUGGAACUCCCGCACGGCCCUCGGGCAGUUUGCAUCGCUCGGCACGUUCUAGAUCCGCCCCUUCCUCCUUGGUCGCAGCCGUGCCACACUGCAACUUUGCCGCAUCUGUCGAUCUGUC